AUGGCUUCCGCUCGCUCUGCCCUGCGUCUCACCUCCCGCCUCGCUCCCCGCCUCGCCAUCCGCAGCCAGGUCGCCCGUCCCUUCUCGAUCUCGGCUCGCGCUCUCAAGAGCGACGUCGUCCGCGAGAAGGAGAUCCCCGUUUCGGUCUAUGCCCCCGACGCCAAGGGCACUGGUCAGUCGGACCACUUCUCGAUCCCCGUCCGCGAGCACGACUCUCGCCCUCCCACCGAGACCCCCCUUCCCGUUCCUGAGAACGACAAUGUCGUCCCUCUCACUCGCAAGACCUUCGAUUCUAUGCCUCCCAUGAUGCAGAAGCUGUCCGUCAUGGGCAAGACCAUCAUCGUCACUGGUGGUGCCCGUGGUCUGGGCAACUACAUGGCCCGCGCCUGCGCUGAGGCCGGAGCCAAGGCCCUUGUCAUCUUUGACGCCAACCAGGAGUUGGGUGAUGAGGCCGCUGCUGAGCUUCACCAGAAGACCGGCUUGCCCGUCACCUUCUUUAAGGUGGAUGUCCGUGACGGCGCUGCCAUUAACGCUGCUGUCGACUCUGUGGUUGAGCUCUACGGCGCUCCUGAUGUCCUUGUCAACUCUGCUGGUAUCGCCGACUCCAACAUCAAGGCCGAGACCUACGACCCCGCCAUGUUCCGUCGCCUCAUCGACAUCAACCUGACUGGCUCCUUCCUCAUGUCCCAGUCUGUUGGCCGCGCCAUGAUGAAGGCUGGCAAGCCCGGCUCCAUCAUCCUGGUCGCCUCCAUGUCUGGCAGCAUUGUCAACUACCCCCAGGAGCAGUCCUGCUACAACGCCUCCAAGGCUGGUGUCAUCCAGUUUGGCAAGUCCCUCGCUGCUGAGUGGGCCAAGUACAACAUCCGCGUCAACUGCAUCUCUCCCGGAUACAUGGACACUGCCCUCAACCGCGUCCCCGCUCUCGAUGCCCAGAAGAAGAUCUGGAAGUCCUUGACCCCUCAGGACCGCCUCGGCGCCGUCGACGACCUCAACGGUCUCUGCGUCUUCCUCGCUAGUGACGCUUCCAGCUUCAUGACUGGCUCCAACGUCAUCAUUGACGGUGGCUACACCUGCUACUAA